UUAAACGGUUUUCACAUCGUGAAGUCACAAAUCAAUUAAUCAAUCUCCUCGCUUCUCUUUCUUUGUUUCAAUUAUAAUUUAUAAUCACUCUAAUCAUGUUUUCCACCAUUGCUGUGCCUUCCACCCAAGCAAAACCCCAUCACCACCGUGAGGUAUCCGCCGUGCCGGAGAGCGAGGUGCUCAGAAGAAGAAACGAGGAGUUAGAGAAGGAAUUGAAGAAGAGCAUUGAGAGGGAAGAGAAAAUGAGGCAGGACUUGAAGAAGACAUGGGAGCGGCUGAGGGUGGCGGAGGAGGCGGAGGAGCGGCUUUGCUCUCAGCUCGGGGAACUUGAGGCGGAGGCUGUUGAUCAGGCUCGGGCUUACAGGACACGUGUCAUCAAUCUGAUGGAUCAACUCUCUUCGGCUCAUAAACUUCUCGAGUCAGCUUCUAUUUCUGUUCCCAAUUUUCGAUGAUUUUGUAAGGGAAAUUGGGGUUGACAGUAGACACAUCUUCUCCAUUUUAAAACUAGGUGUAGAGCGCACCCUCCUACUUCAAUUUUUAAAAUUGGAGGGUUCGAAGUUUCGAGUUACUGACGGAGAAAAAGGGCGUGAAGAAAAGGGUUUAAAAAAAAAGUGCAUCGAGCAUGCUUGUAAAAUUAUGUGCAAUAUAUUGUUGGUGAAGUUUUUGUUUCUCUUUCA